UGCUGGCAGCAAAAAUAGAGCGUCACUAUUAAAAUCAUAAAAAGCGUAUAAGCUAAAGCAGAAAACUGAGAAAAAUUAAAAUUGCUAUACAUGCAUGAGUAUUUAAGACGUUUGUAAAUACAACAAAAAAAGUUUGUAAAAUAAAUUCAAAACCGCCGAAACAAAAAGUUAACAAAAACAACCAACCAAACAAAUUACCUAAUUAAUGUCAUACAACAACAACAACAAAUCGAGCUAAAACACACCAAAAAUGCACCACAAAUAAAAAAAAAAUCAGCACCAACAAUAAGAACGAACAACUAUUAUGUGAACAACUACUGUUCUGUUCAAUCAAACUGCUAUCUAUGCAACUAAAUACCGUUUCGGCCAACCAAAGAAUGCAGUACCAACGUCGUGGUAGCGAUUCAAGCCAAACCACAACCAACUAAUCAACUAAAUACUCGUAAUCAACAAAUCAACAAAUCAACAAGCGAACUGACUAAUCAACCAACUAACCAAUCAAACUAAGCCAAAACAGCCACAAAAUUGCACAACAUACAAAGAAGCGUGUGAAUUGUAAAAGCAAAAACAACAACCACCAUAACCACCACCAUCACCACCACAAAAAACGUGUAAAACAACAUUAACAAUAAUCAAGCGAAUUGAAUUUAAUGGAAUUACUAAAACAGAUUGCAAUGCAGCAAUCGCAAAUAGUACAACGCACUGGAUUACUUAUCUUGCCGGUUAUUUGCUAUAUUCCUAUGCGGAACUACCACCAUUCCACACUUAACUAAAAACAAAAAAGUUCAACUAAUUUUAAAAAAUUUGCCAAGUAGCUUGUAAAAAAGUUAGUUAAGCAAACACUUAAUUGCUAACGCAUUGCGACUUGUGUAAACUUGCACGCAACAUAAACAAUUUUCCUUGAACCCAAACGCCCUUAACAUCCCGCGUUAUCGCGUUAAUUACGUUCUUCAUUGAUUUCUGGGAUAUUUUUUUUUUAAAUUAAAUACAAAACGUAAAACAAAAGCACACACACACACACAUACAAAUAUUGAUUCAAUAUGACUUCGCCACCGGAAAGCCCCAUCGAGGAGGUUGUCUUCGAAUUGGAACACACCCGAGUGCCUAAGCCGAUUAACGUAACGAUCGAAGAUUUGUAUCGCGAAACGAAAUUCUCAAAACAAGAAAUACGAAUUAUGUAUCGUGGAUUUAAAACGGAAUGUCCCGAAGGCGUUGUGCAUGAAGAAUGCUUCAAAGAAAUUUACGCAAAGUUCUUUCCACAUGGCAAUUCCAGUUUAUACGCUCACCACGUGUUCAGAACAUUCGAUACGAAUAGUACAGGGUCCGUGAACUUUCGGGACUUUCUCAAUAUACUGUCAACACUGCUGCGCGGUACAGUGUACGACAAAGUUAAAUGGACCUUCAAAUUGUACGAUGUGAAUGGUGAUGGUCGAAUAUCACGUGGCGAAAUGAGCGAUUUAUUUCAUUCGAUACACGAGCUAAUGGGUCGACGACCGCACCAACCGGAGGAGGAUAGAAAAGCCAAAGAUCAGUUGGAACGCACCUUCCGUUCAUUUGAUCCCCACAAUGUUGGCUACAUUAAUUUCGAAAUGUGGAUGAAGGGUCUGCUUACCAACCGAACCAUAGUGAAUUCUUUUCAUGUCUUUCACUCGGAUCCCUGAUGGUCGGAGAGUGACUUCGAGAGUAUUUUGAAUAAUCAAGAAGUUAUAUCGCUUAUAGAUCUCUGAGAAAGCCAAGCCAAAAAUGGCAGGAAUGUACGCAAGGCCAGCGUUAGUCCGCAGGCGAGUAAGCCGUUAGACAAAAAUAAGAACACGUAAAAUUACGAGCAAAUUUAUAAAGUUUUUAAAAGCUAAUGAUCGGCUCGCAAGCAAACGAUGUACAUACAUACAUACAUAUUUGCGUAUGAAAUGGUAAUGUCUGACCGUGAAAAUGCGUCUGCGAAUAUUAUCCUGCCAUGCAAGCGAAUUUGGCGAUUGCAAAAUCCAAUAAAUUAACUAAAGUAAUUGUUAUUGACAAAAAUAUGUAUAAAUAAUUGAAAUUCAAGGAAAUUGAAAUUAGGCAUAGACAAUUUUUAGUAUUUACAAAAGAUGAGAAUUGAUUGCUCCAAUGUUUCACACACACACACAAUCAAACAUAAUGCGAGUUCACAUAUUUGACAAAUAUGUAAAUAAAACUUAAAUUUAGAGCAGAUGUAGGGACACUAGAGUUGAAAUUUGACAAUUGAAGGCUUUAAGAAUGCUUGAAAGCAUUAACUGGACAUAAAGUUUUGGUCAUUAAAAG